AUGGAAGGCAAGGGACUUGAUGAUGACGCGCAGUUGGCCCAGAUGGGCCACAAGUCAGAGCUGAAGCGCCAAUACUCUUUGCUGUCUAUGCUUGGUCUUGCAUUUGCUAUUCUGAAUUCAUGGACAGCGUUAUCCGCGAGUUUAUCCCUGAGCUUACCCUCUGGAGGUCCUGCCAGUGUUGUCUGGGGCUUGGUGACUGCUGGUAUCUGUAGUUUGUGCAUGGCAGCCUCGCUGGCCGAGUUCCUGUCUGCGUAUCCUACAGCCGGAGGUCAAUACCACUGGGUCGCUGUCAUUUCCUGGGAGAAAUGGAUGCCCCUUCUGUCCUGGAUCACCGGAUGGGUGAACUGCUCCGGCUGGGUUGCCCUGGUGGCCACCGGUGGCUUGCUCGGUAGCCAGCUGGUCCUUGGUUGCAUUUCUCUGAUGAACCCCUCCUACGAGUCCGAGCGCUGGCACCAGUUUUUGAUUUAUAUCGCUUACAACAUUCUUGGUUUCCUUAUCAAUACUUUCGGAAACAAGAUUCUGCCUAUGUUCAACAAGGCUGCCUUCACCUGGUCUUUGUGUGGAUUCGCCAUUAUCUGCAUUACAGUCCUCUCCUGCUCCUCCGGCGACUACAACAGCGGUGACUUUGUCUUCCGAGACUUCAUCAAUGAGACUGGCUGGCCCGAUGGCAUUGCCUGGUUGCUUGGUCUUCUGCAGGGCGGUCUGGGUGUGACCGGAUUUGACGGCGUUGCACACAUGAUUGAAGAGAUCCCGAACCCUUCUGUCGAAGGACCCAAGAUUAUGAUUGCUUGCGUUGGAAUCGGUACCGUGACUGGUGUCAUUUUCCUGGUCGUGCUUCUGUUUGUGGCUGGCGACAUCGAACCUAUUAUCAACUCCGCGGCUGGCCCUCUCCUUGCGAUCCUCAAGAACGCGACCCAGAACAACGCUGGUGCCAUUUGCCUGCUGAUCUUCCCUCUUGUGUGCAUGCUGUUUGCUACAACCGCUAUCAUGACUACUAGCAGCCGCAUGUGCUACGCUUUCGCCCGCGACGGCGGUCUCCCUUUCUCUCCCUACUUUUCCCAGAUCCACCCCAAGCUGAAGGUCCCCCUACACUCGCUCUACCUCAACUUAGCGCUGGUCAUCGUCUUUGGCCUAAUCUUCCUGGGAUCCUCUAGCGCCUUUAACGCGAUUGUGUCUGCGUCUGUUGUCUGGCUGGAUCUCUCCUACGGUAUCCCCAUCGCUAUUCACAUGCUCCGUGGACGUAACACUCUUCCUGAGCGUCCCUUCGUCUUGCCCAACAUUCUUGGCUGGAUCCUGAACACUAUUUCCGUUGUGUACAUUCUUAUCACCACUGUCCUUUUCCUCUUCCCCCCGGAUCUUCCUGCCACCGGCAGCAAUAUGAACUACUGUGUUGCCGCCUUCGCUAUUGUUGUCAUCAUCUCUUCGAUUACAUGGUUCGCGGAUGGACGCAAGAACUACGUCGGCCCCCGCAUCGAGGUAGAAUUUUUCUCCGGACAGGCUGGCACUCAGUCCGAUAAUCCAGUGCCUGCUGUGGAACACUACAAGGCUUAA